AUGCUUUCUACUUCUCUUUUGCGGUGUGUUCGCAUACUGCGAGAGCCUUGUCUAAAAAGAGGCUUUCAAACGGGGUUUUUGACCAAGAAACAAGAGAGCUCUUCGCUAUUUGGGUCAAUAACCGAAGGUGUGGAGGACCAGGCCGAUGACCCACAGAGGAUCUCUAACAGGCUUACAGCUACCACCAAUGCGGUGGAAGACGAAAAUGCGGAUCCCAAGAAAAGUGUAACAGUGGCGAACGAUAAACUGUUACAAUCUUUCAUCAAAAAAUCUCAACCUACCGUGUUGGCUACCGAUUUACUACUCUCACCUCUUAAAAAGCGACUAUACGAAGAAAACUGCAGAAUCAAUGGUGGGUUCUACAAGAAAGACACGCCUGUGACUUUGACAGAGGAGAACGGACAAAAACUCAAGUACAAAUUGAAUUUAAGCCGUGAAGAAAUCGACGCAUUGGAACCCAGUGUUUACGUGCAAUCGUACCGAAUCAAAUCUUCCAUGAAGAAAGCUACACAAUUGCUUCGAUUGUUAAAUGGGCUGGACGUCAAAGUAGCUUUGACGCAGUGUCACUUCUCGGACAAGAAAAUUGCCCGUGAUGUUGCAGAAGUCCUUUCACGAGGUUUACAAGAUGCCGAAAAACUAGGUCUGCAAGCGGACGAUUUGUACAUUGCACAGCUAUGGACCGGUAGUGAUGGAUAUUGGCAGAAAAGAAUUGACAUUAAGGCGAGAGGAAGAAACGGAGUGAUUACACAUCCUUUUGUUCAUGUGAGAUGCAUCUUGAAGACAAAGAACGUUACGAAGCGCCGGAUUGCGUUCGAGCAACAGCUCAAACAGGAAAGAAGAGCGCCCUGGAUACAGUUAAGGGACCAGCCGGUAAGAGGUGCCAUGGGAGGCGUUUACAAGUGGUAA